AUGAGGUUCUAUACCAUCCUAGCUUACCUUUCUCUCCUCUGCAUCGCCGGAGCCUCCGCUCGGCAAUGCGGAGACGCGGUGAACGGAACCCUCUGCGCCAGCAGCCAGGCCCUUGAAUCCAUCAUUAGCGAAGAUCUCUUCAACCAACUUUUGCUGCACCGUGCUACGUCGCCGUGCGUAGGGGCGUUCUACACCUACGAUGCCUUUAUCAAAGCCGCCGGCAGGUUUGAAGAAUUUGCAAACGCCGGUGACGAAGAGACUAGGAAACGGGAGGUUGCGGCGUUUCUGGCCCAAACCUCGCAGCAAACCAACGGAGGAUGGGACGCUGCACCGGAUGGUCGAUAUUCAUGGGGUUAUUGUUGGAUUCAUGGAGCUACUGACUCAGAUGAUUGUAUUCCUAGUGACAAAUACCCAUGUGCACCUGGCAAGAAGUAUUAUGGCCGAGGUCCCAUUCAACUUUCCUACAACCUCAACUAUGGUCCGGCAGGGGAUGACUUAGGUCAUGAUCUACUAAAUGACCCAGACUUGGUGGAGACUGAUCCAUACUUAUCUUUUGAGGCAGCUUACUGGUUUUGGAUGACUCCACACCCACCAAAGCCCUCAUGCCAUGACGCCAUGAUUAGUAACUACACAUCGUCAGCUGCAGACAUUGUAGCUGGUCAGUACAGAGGUUUUGGGCUUUGCACCGACAUCAUCACCGGUGGCAGUGAAUGUGGUGAUCAUGACCCAUACAGGCAGGAAAAUUACCGUAUUGGGUACUACAAAAGAUAUUGUGAAAUAUUAGGUGUGGACACCGGCGACAACCUUAGUUGUGUAGACCAGCAGCCUUAUGGUUUGACCCUCAAGAAAAAGGGGACCAAAAGAGGUGGUUCCUAUUCAGAUUAG